AUGACCUGUAUAAUGAGUGCGUUUUACAAAGGAAAGAUUACCCAAGAAACAGAAAAUACAUACAUUGCACAAUGUACGAAAACACCUAAAUCCUUACAAAUGUUAUAUGCGAAAAGAAAGUCAACUGAUAGAGACUGUCACCAACAAUCAUUUUUAAUUGGGUUAUUAAUAUCACUUGGAUAUUCAAUAACAAUUAAAAAACCUCAUAAAAAAAGUAAAAUCAAUUCUCAAAUGUUUUUAAUACUAGAAAUAAUGAAAGAAAUGAAAACGAUUCUGUCGAGUGAUAGUUUUGAUGAUUCUUUUGUAGAUAUCAAAAAAAGAAGAAGAGAAAUAGAUUCUUUAACAAAUAAUAUUCUUAUUGAACAAAUUCAGUCUCAUCAAGGAAUAAUGGAAUUUAAAAAAAAUAAUAAAAUAAAACUUAAUGGAUAUAAGAGAAUUAAAACACUAAUGUAUAAUAAUACUAAAUACACACAAUCAGAUAUAAAUUUAAUAGGAAUGUCAAUAAAUAAAUUUAUUGUUCAAACAAUUGGUUCUAACGAUUGUUAUUUACAACCGAAUGACACAAGAAUUACAAAAUAUUUUAUAAAUUAA